UUUGAUAAGAGACGUGGAAGUGUGGAGCUGGAGUAAGUGGCCGAAAGACAAAUCUUUCAACUUUAUUUAAACCUUAAACUUAAACUCAUGUAGUCAGAUUUUAAACUCAGGUUCAGUUAUUCAGUGAAAAUACCAACAGACUCAGAUAUAGACAAUGGAAUAAACUGCAUGUUGGAUCAACUGAUGGAGGACAAGGAGCACAGAAAUGUCUGCUGUAACUGCGUCACUCUGCUCCACGCUGAUGUUUGUCCUGUUCGUCUCUGCAGACCAGAAAAACAUCACAGCUGAGUCUGGACAGGACGUCACUCUGACAUGUCGAGCUCCAAAAAACAACGUCAUAGUUGUAGAGUGGAGCAGAACUGACCUGAGAGACAAAUAUGUGCUUUUGUACCGGGAUGGGCGCUUUCUUCCAGCCAACCAGCAUCCAUCUUUUAAGAACCGGGUGGAUCUGCAGGACAGACAGAUGAAGGAUGGAGACGUGUCUUUGAUUCUGAAGAAUGUGACGAUUAAUGACGCUGGAACAUACGAGUGUUGUGUUUACAUAGGAGAAACACGCUCAUGGAAAUUCACCACCACCAACCUUCAUGUUGAUCCUCCAGACCAUAAAUUCAUCACAGCUGAGUCUGGACAGGACGUCACUCUGACAUGUCGAGCUCCAAACAACAAGAUCAAAGUUGUAAAGUGGAGCAGAGCUGACCUGGGAGAUGAAUAUGUGCUUUUGUACAUGGAUCAGCACUUUUUUACAGAUAUCCAGCAUCCAUUUUUUAAGAACCGGGUGGAUCUGCAGGACAGACAGAUGAAGGAUGGAGACGCGUCUUUGAUUCUGAAGAAUGUGACGAUUAAUGACGCUGGAACAUACUUGUGUCAUGUCUUAAUGGAAGAAACACGCUCAUGGGAUCUCAGCAUCAUCUAUCUUCAUGUUGAUCCUCCAGGUCAGCCAAGAAGAUCUGUUGGUCUGAUCAUCUGUGUUUCUGCUGUGCUUCUUGUUGCUGUUGUUGGUUUUUUGAUCUACAAAAGAAAACAACAUGAUUCUAAACCUCAUAAUGAUCCAGAGACUAGACGGCCUCUUUGCACUCCAGAGCUGAACUGUAACUCAGAUGAUCUGAAGAUGAAUUAGAACUCUUCUGAACAUCCAGCAGAUGUCAAACAACUCUGAUGAUCAUCAUGUUCAGACUCAGACCAACAGUGUGUGUCUGUGCUGUCUGUCAGUGACUCUGAACUACAGUUUAUUCAUCUUCAGGCUGUUCAUGAGAUUUACUGACACAAAGUCAAACUGUGUUACAAACACACAUGAAUUUCUGAGCUCUGAUCUCAGAGUCAGUGAGUGUUUUUGUGUUGGAGCUUCAGGUUCAGCUGAUCCUUUUGCCGAAUUCAGCUUUUUAAAUAGACAACGGCCAAACUGAAAACACAAUCAGGAUCCAUUUGUCAUCUGCUGUUGAAAGACAUCUGUAUUAAAUUGUAUUUAACUUAAGUGAAAUCCAUGUAAAUUAACUUUAAAUUAAGCAAAGCUCUUUUGUGUUGGUGUAAAUAUAAACUUCAUGUGACCUUUCCUCUUUAAGUGGAGCCCAAAAUAACAAGUUUGCAUAGCCAUUUGCAUAUGCCCUUUUUUUGCUGAUGUUAAUUAAUCUUAUGUAAUAAUGUUUUUAUUAUUGAUGUGAAAGGUGUAUGAAAGUAAAAAUUCAUGUACACUACUGGUCAGAAGUUUCAGAACACCCCAAUAUGCAAUUUGUCUCAAUGCACUCUGAAAUGAUUGUUGAAAUUUGAAGACUUAGUGAAAUUACAGACAUUAUUAUUCAUGUGCAAGGCAAGAAAUAAUACAUUACCUCGUAAGUUACAAAAUUUGUUUGUAUUGUGUUCAGGAAGUGGGGACAGUAGAAGGAAGUUUGACUUUAAGCAUCAGUUUGCUAGGACCACACAAAGGCAAAUGUGUCUGACAGUUAAUGGUAGAGGAAUAUGGAAUUCUCUUCAAGAUAAUCUCAAGAGUUGUACAAAUAUGCACCAUUUUAAAAUGUGUUAUAUACUUAAAAGGAUAAAUCAAUAUGAAGAACAUGAAAGUAAUUUGGGUUAAAUGUGGAAGGAAAAAUUUUCAUUGCCAUUUAGUGCUGUAUAUUGCUGAUUAUACUGAUUUGUUGUUUAGUUUUGCAUUGUUACAUAAAGAUAUAUGUUAGAGUGUUUUUUGGGCUUUAUUGGCGCCCUUUUCUAAGAAUAAUUGGAUUGCAGAUAGAGGGCAGGUGCUAACAAGAAUUUAUUCUUCUUCCUGCUCCUUUUCACCCAUGGGUGCAGUGUUAUAUUAAUGGGAAGGAGGAUCUGUAUGUAGGAAACGAAACACUGUUGAACCAUGUGUGAAAUAAAUAAAUAAAUGAAAUGAAUAACCAGUACAAAUAACCGGUUUG